GGUAGAAAACGGAUCCUACAUCUGCCUACUGCACCUCACUUUCAGCACCAAGGACAGAGCCUCUGAAGGGCAGCCCCAAGCAACAUUCAGGGUCCCUCCCAAAUCCUCUAGAGAUAACGGAUGCAUUCGAAAACAGCUAUGAAACAUGCAGUAAGGUCUAAUAGGGAAGCUGGAAGAGCAGCAUACAAGUGAUUUCACCUUCGAGGCAAAAAUGGGUAAUUUUCUUUCUGUUCAUUUCCACAGUUUCUGUGUCUUAGGAAAGGCAAAGUUUGCUCUGCUUGGGCAUAUCCGCUGUCAGUAAAUGGCUACAGGAACUGAGGUGCUAAACUUCAGUCUCCAGAAAUCAGAAGAAAUUUUCAGGGAAACCCAUUGGGGUCACUCUUCUCCCUCCGGGCGAUGGCACCUCUGACUCAACUGAGUGGCCACAUCAACUCCACCUGUGGGGCAGACAACUCCACGGGCCCCAGCUGGGCCCGCCCGCAUGCCUACUAUGCCCUCUCCUACUGUGCACUCAUCCUGGCCAUCAUCUUUGGCAAUGGUCUCGUGUGCGUGGCUGUGCUGAGGGAACGGGUCCUGCAGACCACCACCAACUACCUAGUGGUGAGCCUGGCCGUGGCGGACCUGCUGGUGGCCACCUUGGUCAUGCCCUGGGUCGUGUACCUGGAGGUAACAGGUGGAGUCUGGAAUUUCAGCCGCGUAUGCUGUGACGUUUUCGUCACCAUGGAUGUCAUGAUGUGUACAGCCAGCAUCCUGAACCUCUGUGCCAUCAGCAUCGACAGGUACACCGCAGUGGUCAUGCCAGUUCACUACCAACAUGGCACGGGACAGAGCUCCUGCCGGCGUGUGGCCCUCAUGAUUACAACCGUCUGGGUGCUGGCCUUUGCCGUGUCUUGCCCUCUCCUCUUCGGCUUCAACACUACAGGAGACCCCAGCGUCUGCUCCAUCUCCAACCCUGAUUUUGUCAUCUACUCUUCAGUGGUGUCCUUCUAUCUGCCCUUUGGAGUGACUGUCCUCGUCUAUGCCAGGAUCUACGUGGUGCUGAGACAGAGGAGGCGGAAACGAAUCCUCACUCGACAGAAUAGUCAGUGCAUCAGUGUGCGGCCCGGCUUCCCACAACAACCCCUCUCUCCUGGCCAGGCACACCUGGAGCUGAGGCGUUACUAUAGCAUCUGCCAAGAUACUGCCUUUGGGCCACCAGGCUUCCAAGAAGGGGAAGGAGAGUUGAAAAAGGAGGGGAGGACUCAGAACUCCCUCAUGCUACUUCGGGAGAAGAAGGCAACCCAGAUGCUGGCCAUCGUGCUCGGGACCUUCAUUGUCUGCUGGCUGCCCUUCUUUUUGACCCACGUUCUCAAUACCCACUGCCCAGCAUGCCACGUGUCCCCAGAGCUCUACAGAGCGACCACGUGGCUGGGCUAUGUGAACAGUGCCCUCAACCCCGUGAUCUAUACCACCUUCAAUGUUGAGUUCCGCAAAGCCUUCCUCAAGAUACUGUCUUGCUGAAGGAGAGAAGAGAACACUCCCUGUGCCCACCUUUAUCUGCCAGGCCACUGGGCCACUGUCCAGGACUUGCUUAGAAAGACUGCCGGGUCCUCUGGCAUGUGGUAGGAAGAAGAUUCCUGGAACCAAGAUGUCCCUGAGUGGCUGGGGUAACCAACUGCUUCCUCCAAAACAGAAUGUUCUACCUCCCCAGCUAAACUCUGACUUUAUCCUGGCAAUCUUCAAGUGGUUGGGGGUACCCUGAAUGAUAAGCAAUAAUUCAGAAAGAUGCCGAUAAAACAUGACUCUACACACACACAAAAUUGUCAUCGGAGGCAUGAUUCAUUACAGUGAAGGAAAAACGAACAGAUCUCAUAAUUCUCAACUUGCCAGGGGUCCUUGAAAUCUCAGCCAGUAAACCAUCUUACAGAACGGCCCAUCUCUCUUCCUUCAAACCUCUAAUCAACUGUCAAGCUAACCUUGCACUUUU